GGAUUCAUCCAUGUGUAUUUUAAAUUCAAAAAGAAAAAUUACAAAAUGAUCUUAAUGAGAACCAACUUUGAUGUGAAGUUUUUUAUUUUUUUAGGGUUCUUCUUGUUUAUAUCUGUGUCCAAGUCUACACAUAUCCUCAAGGAUGAUUUUGAGGAAUGGUUAAGUUUCAAUCUUGAAAAUCAUAAGGAAGAAACCAAUUUAUUACAACAAAAUGUUGAUUCGAAGCUCAGAGAAGCAGAGAGUCAGAAAGUUAUAAUAAGGGUCAACAAAAAUUCACAAGCAAAUUUCAAGACAAUUAAAGAAGCUUUAAACAGCAUUCCAGUGCCUAACACAAAGAGAGUCAUUAUCUUAAUUGCUGCAGGAGUUUAUAGGGAGAAAAUUGUGAUUCCAGAGACACUACCUUUCAUAACAUUUUCAGGGGAUGCAAUGAAUCGAACUGUUAUUACGUGGAAUGAUUCAUACUCUACUAUUGGAAGUGAUGGUCAUCCGUUAGAGACAUUCAAUAGUGCAAGUGUUGCUGUGAAUGCAGAUUAUUUUGUGGCCAUAAAUAUUGUAUUUGAGAACACUGCUUCAUAUUCUAAAUCAAAGGUGGAACAAGCGGUUGCAUUGCGAAUUUCUGGAAAUAAAUCUGCUUUCUACCAUUGCGAGUUUUAUGGAGUUCAAGACACAUUAUAUGAUCACAAAGGGCUUCAUUAUUUUAAAAAUUGUCAUAUCCAAGGCUCAGUUGAUUUUAUAUUCGGUUUUGGAAGGUCUCUUUAUGAGGGUUGUACUCUAACGUCAAUAUCCAAGAAGUUGAACUACAUCACAGCUCAAAAGCGCUCAACUUUGUCAUUGGAUAGCGGAUUUUCUUUUAAAAAUAGUUAUGUAAAAGGUAUUGGAGAAGUUUAUCUUGGAAGACCUUGGGGAGAAUAUUCAAGAGUUAUUUUUUCUUAUACCUUUAUGGAAAAGAUUGUUCUCCCCCAAGGUUGGGAUGAUAAAUUUGGUAGUGAUAAACGCAACAUAACAAUGUUAUACUAUGGAGAAUACAAAUGUAGCGGGCCUGGAUCCAAUUUUUCAGGAAGAGUUCCUUGGGUACGAAAACUAACCGAUCAAGAGAUUCGACCAUUUGAUGGAACUCAUUUCAUACAAGGAGAUACUUGGCUCACUACUCAUUAACAUAAUAAUUAUCAUAUUUUUAUUACUUUCUACUAUCUGAUCUAUAAUAAUAAUUUUAUCACAUGAAUUUACUACUAAAAAAAAGUAAAUGAUGUGUGUGAAUGUAGUAGUUAUGACCACUUUUUUUAUGAAUAAAUAUAUAAAGAAAUUAAAAGAUCAAAUGUAUCUAUUCUUCAUUUGAAUACAAAAUUAUUGAUAUUGGUGAUUGUAGUAUUCCUAUUU